AUGUACGCGGUCAAUUGGGCUUUUGCAUUCGCCCUUUGGGCAGGUCUGACUGCUGCAACGUCGAAAUGCAACCCAUCCAAGUACAUCACUGUCGAAACGGCGAAUGGACCCAUCACUGGCCAUGUUGCAGACAAUUCGCCGUGUGUUGUUGAAUAUCUGGGUAUUCCCUAUGCGAAACCGCCAGUGGACAAGUUGAGGUUUGCGGCUCCUCAGCGCAUCACGUCUUACUCCAAGAAGCCUUUCGAGGCCCAGAGUUUUGGAUAUGAUUGUCCCUUGACGGCGAGUAAAAAGGUGGAUUAUCCUGAUAUGACACCCCAAGCCCAGCGGAUCAUUUCAUACUUUGCCAGCGCGGCCGGAACUCCCCAGAGUGAAGACUGUUUGACACUCAAUAUCUGGUCCAAGGCCACGCCCAACUCUGCCAGAGCAAACAAGCCCGUGCUUGUCUUCUUCUAUGGUGGACGCUUUGCUAUCGGAAACACCGACAGUCCUUUCUACAAUGGCAAAUACUUUGCUGACGCAGAGGACAUUGUCGUCAUCACCGUCAACUACCGUAUCAACAUCUUUGGCUUUCCCGGUGCACCCGGUGAGACUCAGAACUUAGGUCUACGCGAUCAACGAGCUGCUGUCGAGUGGGUUCGCGAUAACAUCUGGAGAUUUGGAGGCAAUCCUUCCAAGAUCACCAUCGCCGGCCAAUCUUCAGGCGGCGUAGCUGUUGACUACUGGACGUACGCUUACAAGAAGGACCCAAUCGUCAACGGGAUCAUCGCCCCAUCAGGCAACGCUUUUAGUUUCCCUGUCAACUCCGCUGCUGUCCAAGAGAAGAACUGGGCUUCGGUUGUGGCAGCUGUAGGAUGCAACACUACCAGCGAGGUAAUGUCUUGUAUGCGCAAGGUCGACUGGGAGGAUAUCAAGAAGGCAGCUGCUAGUAUCAAGCCUGCUGCUAGCUCUAGUGUUCUUCGAUCCAUCCCUCCAUUUUACCCCAAGCCAGAUAACGAGAUUGUCUUUUCAGACUACGUUAGUCGAACCAAGAGCGGAAACUUUGUCAAAGUCCCCAUUCUGUUUGGCAAUAACAAUAACGAAGACGGAUACUACCGUAUUCCCGCCUACGGAAAUGGAGUUGUUCCUACCGACGCCCAAGUCAAAUCGUUCCUUCUCGAGUCAUUCACCUGUCCCGUAUCGUACCAGGCCAAGGCGCGACGAGAUCACAAUACACCAUCAUGGGCGUACCGGUAUCUGGCAGACUGGGAUAAUACGAGAUUGUUCCCUACGAGUGGCGCGUACCAUGGAGUUGAUCUGCACAUGAUCUUCGGCGCAUCUGGCGAUGUCAGUGGCAUUGAGCCAUCGGCGGACCAGAAAAAGCUCACCAAGAUCAUGCAACAUGCUUGGUACUCAUUCAGCGAUGAUCCUUGGUCUGGUUUGAGCAAGCUUGGGUGGCCUAGAUUUGAUCCCAGCCGUAAGACCUUGAUUGAACUGGGUAAGAGCACGAAGCCUCGUGUCGACUUUGUGAAGCCUUCUGUCUACGACGCUGCUUGCUCAACAGUGACGAUGGGGGCGCUUUCGACUUCUACGUAG